UAACUGUAAAUUGAAAAGUUGUAUUUAAAAAGUAAAAAGCAAAGUUUGGUGCAGAAAGCAGGCGCUGGCUGUGUGUCGUACAGACAAAAUUCCUCGAAAACCAUGUCGACUUGCCCGAAGAUCAGGAUUGUGCCUGGAGACCAGCGCCAGCUGAAGUCGACGACGCAGGCCAGAAAGCGCAAACAGCCGGUGCUGUCCCAAGUGCCGACCUGGAUCCCCGAGUCGCGUACCUUCUCCAGCUCCGUAAUCGAGGACAUGAUGCAGAAUCUGUAUUCGGACACCGACCACCUGACGCGCCACGAUCGCAGUUCACUGGUUCGCCUGGAGACCCUGUGGGCAGAGAAGUUCGAUGCGGAGGCGCUUCGCCCGGAGCCAAAUCCUCGCCCGUUGACGCCGCCGCCGCCCAAGAAGCAACGCAAUCGGGCACCACCAAAGCCGCAGCCACGCCCAGAGGAUAAGUGGAAUUAUGUGGACAUUCAGACGCUGGCGGACAACGAGGUGGUGCCGCAUCGCUUGGGUAUACCACGCCUGCGUCCGCACUGGAAACUUACCCACUUUAUUGUGUACAUGCCGGCGUAUGUGUUCAAGCGGCAGCUACUGGACAAGAGCAUCACCUGGGAGCUGCUGGACAAGCUCAUGGCAAUGGAUAGUGAGAGUGGAACGGCUUUUUUGCAAGAGUUUGUAGAUAAGGUGGUUAAGGAGAAUCCUUUGAAUGGGCCAACCAAGACGGAAUCUACAUGAAAUUCCUAUGUAAACAUUAAAUAAAUACAUUGUGUAUUAUUUGAUU